AUGCCAGACCAAGAAAAUAUACAAGCAGGAAGCUUGCAGCAGCAGCCUGAGUCGGUGCUUCAGUCCUCCUCGGGAGAAAUCAGUUUGAGCACAGAAACCCAGACCGAGCAGAAUACCUCGCGUGUGAAUCAUGUGCAAAGGAAUAAUAAAUCUCGGGAUACUGUAGCAAACAACACUGGAUUGUCAGCUGCGGGUUUCUAUUCUCCGAUAAAACGGAUUGACACCCCAGCGAUACUAGCCUCGCUCGAUCAUUCUCAGUCACGGCCAGGCUAUUCAGAACUGCGAAGGCAUUCAUCCAGGAGUCGGGGCAUUCAUUGGGCUCCCUUGAAUAUCGGUCUCGAAAGACGUAUGCAGACGUUCGUGGUCUUAUGCCACACUUUGACAAUCGCAAUAUUCUUGACAUUUUUCUUCUUCGCUUGUGCCAUACCCGUAUUCUGGCCUCUGCUACUCCCAUAUCUGGUUUAUAUUUCACUUUUUUCAUCAUCUGCAACGUCUGGAACGUUGAGUGGGCGUAGCGAUUUCAUGCGUUCGCUUCCGAUAUGGUCACUUUAUGCCUCUUAUUUUCCUGCUUGCUUGCAUCGCUCUGAAGCGCUACUUCCAACACGCAAAUACAUAUUCGGCUACCACCCUCACGGCAUAAUUUCUCACGGUGCAUUUGCGGCAUUUGCUACUGAAGCACUCGGAUUUUCGAGGUUGUUUCCGGGCAUCACAAACACGUUGCUUACCCUAGAUUCGAAUUUUCGAAUUCCGUUCUACAGAGAAUACGCUCUUGCUAUGGGACUCGCCAGUGUUUCCCGGGAGUCUUGUGAAAACCUACUCUCUAAAGGUGGUGCUGACGGGGAAGGCAUGGGCCGCGCGAUUACAAUUGUCAUUGGUGGGGCUCGCGAGUCUCUGGACGCUUUACCUCACUCUCUGCGCCUUGUUUUAAAAUGCCGCAAAGGAUUCAUAAAGCUAGCAAUUCGCACCGGUGCUGAUCUCGUCCCAGUACUUGCUUUCGGCGAAAAUGAUCUCUAUGAGCAGGUGCGAUCAGACCAACAUCCCGUUAUACACAAGUUUCAAAUGCUCAUUAAGCAUACGAUGGGGUUCACGAUCCCGCUCUUUCAUGCUCGUGGGGUUUUCAAUUAUGACGUGGGAUUGAUGCCUUAUCGACGCCCAUUAAAUAUCGUCGUUGGCCGGCCUAUUCAAGUCGUUCAACAGCGUGACAGAGACAAGAUCGACGAAUCGUACAUUGAUGACCUUCAUGACAAGUAUAUACGAGAGCUUCGACGGUUGUGGGAGCAAUACAAAGAUGUCUUUGCAAAGGACCGAAUCUCUGAAAUUGAGAUAGUUGCAUGA